AUGCGACGUACUCCGCAGCAACGAGAAUUACAGGCUUUAGAUCUGAACACGUACAAUAUGAACGUUGGUACACAACAUCAACAACAACCACAACAACUUGACAAGUAUUCAGUCACACCGAACCAGAGGCCGGGAAAACCAGCCGUCACAAGCUUACAACAAAUGGCGAUGACGAGAACUCAACCAAUGACACUAGAAAAACCAAACUCGAGUUCCGAGCAAAGCAUGAAUCAGGGCCUUACUCGAAGUUUGAGCAUGGUUGAUUUGCCUUCGCAGCGUGGGAAGCUGUUGAGGCUGCGCGCUGGUUAUGAUCAUUUGAACGGCGAAGAGGAUGAAUUGAAAAAAUUUUGUGAAUCGGUGGAUCCAAAUAUAGUUUUCGAUGAACUGCAGCCGGAGCCACCGCGUCCAACGCAGCGGCAAACAGCUCGCUUGCGCGCUGGUUCACCAAACAAUUACUCGUGUCCGCCGCCAACGCCUUGUCCUUGUCCAGACUCUUUCAACAGACAGACAGAGCAAUCAUCGCGGAUACAGAAUUUUUCGUCAUUCUGUCCGCCAGGGCAUAAUACCGGUGUUACGAGUAGCCCAUAUUCACAGUCAACACGAUGUCGUUCGUCUUAUGAUGAGUACCCCAGCAUACCGUCACGCCACCAGACAGCCAGGGAUCCGACAAUGUCAAUGUGGUCGCCGCCGAUACCGCAGCCAUCACCAAUGAGGCAGUCCACCAGGCCAUCGACAUCGACUAGGUACUCACAAGAUACAUCUAAAGUGCUGUACGAGUCCCCGCGACGCAGCCACUAUUCACCAACAAAUCGAAUGAACAGCACACCCUACAUGGGCCUGGCAGGACAACCCUUCAAUGUAACGAGACAGCCGCAAAUGAUGGCCACGAAAUGGAUUACGCCACCGGGCCGCAUGCCGUCGUCUUUCAUGCAAGAUUCCACACUAAAUCACUCCGCGCUGCCAACGAUGCGAGAAGCUUGGACACCGCCAUCAUGUCCAACGGAUAUUGAUGAUUCACUCAUAUGCCACACGGCGGAGACCACCGAUGAAUGUCCCAAUAAAAUGAAGAAUAUUCCCUGUGAGGGUUGUGAAAAUAACGAGAAGACAUAUCCGCCGCCACCGCGCUGCAAGCCAUUACACCCGGAUAUAGCUAAGAAAUUAUGCGGUGACUUGCCACUUUUUAAAAUACCGCGACGCAUGGAGGACGAUUUCAUUUGCAUUAAACGCCGCGAGCAAUGGGAGCAACUGGUCAGGGAUCAAACUUGCCCGGGCGCCAUACAGUCGACAAUCGAUGGUUCGGUUGAUUUUAAUGCGCUCGCUUUUAAUAUAUUCUUCGGCGAGCAACGCUUGCCCGACUGCUUGCCGCGCAUUGAGCCGAUCACGCUGCUCGAGGCGUUCUUUAUAAGAGUCAAUUACGAGCGUUGCCACAUAAAGAAGUUGGAGGACUUAACAUAUGCCAGGGACCACCCAGAGGAAGAGGAGACACAUGCACCGCCGCCACCGAGUGAUGAUUGUACGCUAAUUGAAAAAUGCUUCAAACGCAAAUUCGACACCGAUCUGAAUGCGGCAUUGGAGAAGCUCUUCAAAGCAGAAAAGGGUUUCACGUUCCUAUCCCCACAGGCGGAACAACCACUAAUGAGUAUGACAAUGGAAAGCACAAGUACCGAUUUGCCGGGCAUACCAAUCUCCAUAAAGGCCUUCACAGGCACAACCAAGCCAAGAGAAUGAGCUCAUAUGUUUGAAGAAUGACACAGAGAAGCGAUUAGAAAUGUAAUA